AGGAAACGAAUCCAAAACCUGCUUGAUCAAUUCCAGAGGACGAAGACUUGAAGAAUUAGAUUAUGCUCAGACACCGACUUUCCUUGUACAGUGUGAUUAGAAAUGGACUUAUGAUGGCAGGCAACACCGCCAAGCUACAUUCGUUCGCACACCGAGGUGUAAAGGCUCGCACUAGAAGCUUGAACUUUGCAAUGAAGCGUGGGGGGUUGAGGGGGUUUGCAAAUCAAACGCAGUCCACGGGAAAGAUCGUCCCAUUCAAACUUGCAGACAUCGGGGAAGGCAUAACAGAGGCGGAGGUUCUUCAAUGGUUUGUGAAGGUCGGCGACGAGGUCAAGGCGUUCGAUCCAGUCUGUGAAGUUCAAAGUGACAAGGCGACGGUGGAGAUCCCGAGCAGGUACGACGGUGUCAUCGCGAAGCUGCACUACAAGGUAGGCGAUGUAGCGCAUGUCGGCAAACCUUUGCUGGACAUUCGACAAAAAGGAUCUGGGGGCCUUUCGGUGGACGAGGACGAUGCAGAAGCGAUCGAGACUUCAGCAGCAGGAGAGGAAGGGGCGCCUGCAGUGGCGUCCCAUGAUCCCUCCUCUCCCCGCGACUCAGACCCAUCGGGUGCUCCACUGAAGCCGCUGGCUACUCCAGCCGUCCGGGCGAUCGCGAAGACCAACGGAAUCGACCUGAAGAGUGUGCAGGGGUCAGGACGAGGAGGCAGGAUCAUGAAGGAGGAUUUGUUAAGGUAUGUGGGCAAGUCACCCGUCCUCGAGGAGGUGCCCUCUCAGACUCUCGCCCUGCAAGCCGAUCAGCACAAGUCAGAGCCCGACCAGCGGGAGGAGGAUGUGCAUAUUCCGAUCCGAGGGUACACUCGCGCCAUGAUCAAGACGAUGCAAGCUCAGUCCUCCAUCCCUCACUUCGGAUUCAGCGAGGAUUAUGAGAUAGAUCGUUUGGUGGAGCUCAAAGCGCUCUUGGCAAGAGAGAAAAGUCUGAACGGAGUCAAGCUGACAUACAUGCCGUUCCUGAUCAAAUCUCUCUCUCAAGCGCUGCUGGAGUUUCCCGAGAUCAACUCAAGUCUUUCAGCAGACCUCAACAACAUCAUCCACAGAAAACGUCACAAUGUUGGCAUCGCAGUCGACUCCCCGUCAGGAUUGGUUGUUCCCAACAUCAAGAAUGUACAAGAGCUUUCCAUCGUUCAGAUCGCCGAAGAGCUUGCAAGACUGACAAACCUGGCAAGGGCCAACAAGCUGAGCAAAGAAGACAUCUCGGGAGGAACCAUCACCUUGAGCAACAUCGGCACUAUCGGAGGGACGUACACUUCACCCAUCCUCAAUCCGGGGGAAGCUGUGAUAGGAGCCAUCGGAAAGAUAGAGAAGCAGCCCUACAUCAAAGAUGGAACUUUGAAGGAGAGGACGAUCAUCCGCAUCAGCUGGGCGGCAGAUCAUCGCAUCCUCGCCGGAGCGAGCAUCGCCCGGUUCUCCAACCGGUUCAAGGAGAUCCUGCAGGAGCCUAGCGUCAUGCUGUUGAGUCUGCGAUGAUGGGGGGAGGGAGGAGGACUGAAGCUCGGUAGUACAUCUUCAAGUACCGCAGC